GUACCAUGUCGGGUUUUUACAUGGCGGCGCCCGGUGAGCCAUGUUGAAUGGUGUCCUACUGACUUUAUUCUGGAUAAUGUGAAAUUGUAGAAUGACAUACUUGACCUAAACAUGUGGAGUCAAGUUCGUAAACUCCAAAAGAACAGGACAGUGAAAUAUGGGAUCCCGAUGCUGCUGCUGGUUGUGGGAGGGUCGUUUGGAUUGAGAGAAUUCACUCAGAUUAGAUAUGAUGCACAGAAGAUCAAAAAGAAGCUGGACCCUGCACUGGAAGCACGGGUGAACAAUAAAAAACAGUCAGCCAUCCUUCAGGAAGAGUAUGAGAAAUUGAAGGAUUUGGACUUGGAUGGAUGGAAGAACAUUCGUGGCCCACGUCCCUGGGAGGAUUCAAAGGAGCAGCAGCAAGCUCAACUCAAUAAAGACACAUAGAACUCUAAAACCUUAAACUCCUACCGCUGGUCCAAAGAUGUAAGACUCUCAUAAAAACAGUGCAGUGUAUGGCUGGCUUGUCACCAUAUAAUAAAUUAGCACAUCUUAUGCUAUUAUAU